UUGUUGACGAGGUUCGACCUCAGAGUCAGAUUUCACGUGUGACAGUUCCACGCAGGAGAAAUGCGGCUUCGUGUUGUGAGUUCGAUCCCGUGUCUGUGGUUUGCACCGUUUCCCGCUGCCGUCCUGUCCGCGCCUAGCUCUUAGCUUGUUAGCCGGGGCAAGCUAGUCAGCCCGCAGCAGCGAUGCUAACGUGGCGGAGGCUACACGCUGGCGUGCGGACCGCCCGCGGACUCCUCUCCUCCGGCCUGGUGACGGAUCAACACCCGGGGCCGAGUGGAAGUCUGACGCCGCGUCAACGCCUGAACACCGGAGCAUCUCUGCGGAAUGACUUCUACAAAGACCUGGAGAAGCAGCUGGCGGCCAUGAGGAAGAAGGCGGCGGAGGCGCUUCCAGGCAGCAGCUGGAGCCCCUUCGAGAUCAACCCCAACCUCCCCCCGGAGAGGGCCGACAUCGUGAUCGUCGGUGGCGGCGUGGUGGGCUGGUCCAUCGCCUACUGGCUGAAGCAGAAGGAGAGGGUCCGAGGAGGGGUCCGGGUGGUCGUGGUGGAGAAGGACCCAACGUACUCCCAGGCCUCCACAGUGCUCUCUGCCGGGGGGAUCCGACAGCAGUUCUCCCUGCCCGAGAACAUCCACCUAUCCCUGGCCUCCGCAGACUUCAUGAGGAACAUCAAUGAACACCUCGGCGUGAUGAACGAAGACCCCGUGGACCUGCAGUUCAAUCACUCAGGGUACCUCUUCCUGGCCAGCGAGAUGGCGGCUCACAUCAUGGAGGAGAACUACAGCACCCAGAGGUCUGCCGGAGCCAAAGUUUCACUUCUCUCUCCCACACAACUGAAGGAGAAGUUUCCGUGGAUAAACACAGAUGGUGUGGCACUUGCUUCAUAUGGGCUGGAGAACGAGGGCUGGUUUGACCCCUGGACUCUGCUGAACGCCUUCAGAAAGAAGGCCAUCUCCAUGGGAGUGAUCCAGUGCUGUGGAGAAGUGACAGAUUUCACAUAUACAGUAAAUGUGAGGACAACUCCAGAGGGUGAAAUGCUGGAUUUGAAGAGAAUAAAAUCUGUCAAAGUGCAGAUGCCGAACAGCCUGGAGUACCAGCCGGUGGAAUGUGCCAUUGUGGUGAAUGCAGCAGGAGCCUUUUCUACUAAACUGGCACAGAUCAUGGGAAUUGGCUUCGGCCCUAAAGGCGGCAUUGCUGAAAUGCCUCUGCCCGUCGAGCCUCGGAAAAGGUUUGUGUAUGUGGUCCACUCUCCUGAUGGCCCAGGUCUGGACACCCCCUUCCUGGUCGAUUACUCCGGGGUCUACUUCAGGAGAGAGGGGCUAGGAGGGAACUACAUCGCUGGUGCGUCACCGGAUGAGGCGGAGGAGCCGGAUAUCAGUAAUCUGGAGGUGGAUCAUAGUUUUUUUGAGGAGAAGAUUUGGCCGUCUUUGGCUCAUCGUGUUCCUGCUUUUGAGAAGCUCAAGGUGACCAGCGCGUGGGCAGGUUUCUAUGACUACAACACCUUGGACCAGAACGGCAUCAUCGGUAUUCACCCUCUGGUCAACAACAUGUACUUCGCCACCGGCUUCAGCGGCCACGGCCUGCAGCACUCCCCCGCCGUGGGUCGGGCCGUGGCAGAGCUGAUCCUGGACGGACACUUUAAAACGCUGGACCUGAGUGCAUUCAACUUCAGACGGAUUCUGGCCCGGGAGCCGAUGCUGGAGAGGAACAUCGUGUAGAGGACGUGGAACAAACCGUGCGCUCUGCGACAGACGAUCACAACCUUGGUUUUAUUUUCAUACAUGUGAACAUUUUUCCUGUUUGUACCGAAUGAAUCACUGAAAUCUGGGAUCUGAUAGCAGCAGUUGUUUCAGCUUCAGGUUUUUACUAUCGAGUUGCUUUUGCUUCUCAUCCAUACAUUCAUUUUAUUUUUAUCCGUGUGUCCUGACUUUGAUGCCUCAGUGUUCCCAGAUCUCAUCCACCACUUAAAUGAUCUCAGCGUUAUCUUCAGCAACAAGAUGAUUCGUUAUCUCUCUAGAACAAGUACCUCGUAGAUCAUCUCUCAGAGAAAAGAUCUCAGUGAUGUUAGCUUUCCAAGAAUGACAUCAUUAUUCUAAAGUUCAUAUCAUCGAUCAUGUUACGUUUGAGACCACGAGGCCUUUUCUGGAUUUCUUGAGUCGUCCUCCGAGGGGACCGUGUGAACUCAGUUGCAAAGUGGAGGAAGAAAUUUUCUGAAGAAAACCUUGAGGAACAACUACAGAAUAAAAGAACAGAAAGUCGUGAGGAGAAAAAACUGUAGAAACGACCAAAAUCCUGACUUCUGCAGUUCAGAUUUCCUCUGAACCUCGGAGUGCGGAGCCUUUGUGCAAUACGUACGCAGUCUUUACAUGUUAAAACUUAUCAGAUGACUUCACAUGUGCACUACACAUAAUGUUUAUUGUUUCUUCAUAUGAUGCAAUUCUGAGCAAAAGCUUUACAAUACUCCUUCAUGUACUGUAAUGAUUUAUAUUAUAGUAUUUUUGUUACAUUCUGGUACAUUUUAUAGUCAAAUGUACAUCGUGCAGUGUACAUAGAGUACGCCAUGUAAUAUUUUAUCAAUUAGUAAUAGGUUGAUAAUAAGGGUAUAUUCUUAUGCACCUCAUCAUGGAUCUCAUGGAUAAUUAUAAAUGUUAAUAUUGAAUUUUACCACGAUCACUGACUAACGUUUGCAUAUGGAAUAUUUGACUCAUUUGGAUAUGUGGUUUAAAUUCUGGGUUCUUACAAAAUUAGACCAAAGAGUAUUUAGAUCAUUAGAUUGUAACUUUGUUUAACGGAUACUGAUCCAUCUCGACUCGUUCAGGCUUGAUCCAUUAUCCUCAGUGGCCUGAAUGAUCAGGUCUGAAGUUCUUGUCUCGAAUGUGUAGAUGCAGAAAUGACUAAUUGUCUUUGAGCAAAUUGAAUGUUGUGUUCUGAGAAGACGAUGCUUCAGUUAUUUAAUUUUACUUUUCGUCUGUGAAAACAAAAAUCACUCUGUGAGAUGCACAAAUAGAAAUGAUCUAUGAAGAACAUGAAGAAAGACCUUCAUGUUGUUUUUACACAGUAACAAGAAAACGACUUCAAUUCUCUGUUUUAGUUUAUAUAAACAUGUUUUUACAUGGGAUGGGUUAUUUAUCAUUGUAUUGCCAGGAAACUAAAAUAAGAUGUGACUGUGAUUUGAUUUUUUUUUUUGGUGUGGGUGGGUCCUCAAGGUCACGAUGU